CAACUCUAGAACAAAAAAAGCUUUCGCUCUCACUUUGGCUUUGGCUAAACUCUCAGAGAAAUGAAAUUAUUAUUUUCUGGUUGAUUCUUGAGACCCCAAUUAUUAUGGCUUCUCUUCAAAUCUUCAAGUCCACCCUCUCUCCCAGCCCUGUUUCUCAGUCAUGUUUCACCGGAAAAUCCAGGUGGGUCUUGUCGGAAAUCAAGUUCUCCGGUUGUUAUUACAUGAGGAGGAGGAGGUUCAGGGUCUGCUGCAAAGCUCAGGAGGCUGACAACAAAAGCAAUGGGGAGGAGCCACCAGAGUCAUUGUUUAUGAAGGAACUGAGGAGGAGGGGUAUGAGUCCGACUUCUUUGCUUGAGGAAGCAGAGAGGACUGAGCAUGGAAUCAAUGAUGAGAGGGGCAAAGAAGAUAGAGGUUUCUCAUCUAGAAAUGCUGUGUCAACUGAAGUGGAGAAAAGUCUGGCUAAUCAAAGGGAGCGAUCCAUGCAGUUGAACAGUGAAGGCCUCGAGGGGUUGAUCCCUCGAGGAAGACUCUUGCUGACGCUUGGAGGGACAUUCUUCCUCGCAUUUUGGCCAUUUAUCGUCAUAAGUGUAGCACUAUUCGCUGCUCUCUACUUGUACUUUGGACCAACAUUUAUCCACGAUGCAAACAACAGACUACCAAUAUCACCACCUCAAUACAUUGAUCCGUAUGAACUUCUGGAAGAUGACAGGAUUUCUCAAAUAGCGCCUCGUGUAAAGUGAAGCACAAGUCUUUCACAUAACUUAGAUCCUAAUACAGGUUUAUGUUGCCUAUUCUCUUGGCCAUUGUUCAUUCUUUCUCUGUAUAAACCUCAAACUUAUAAAUAAUUUUUCUUCU